CUGAGGGGCGGAGAGAGUGUGUGUCUUUGUCUAGAGUUACAGAGCUUCAGCUGUCCAGGAGCAUACGGGUGGAGAGAGGCUCUGGAAACAUGUGUGUGUGUUUAUGAAGAGAGGCGCGGUCUAAAGAGGGAGUUCCUGACCUCCGAGUGACGACUGCAGUUUUCUCCUGGCCUCAAACACUCGCAGCAGCAGCGUGAGAAGAUGUUUACCAACGCUGGACUCCGUAUACGAAGACUUUCUGAGUGUCUGAAUGCAGAGAAGAAAGACAGAAGCGAAUGAAGCAAACGCUCAGACAUGAAGAGCAGAAGAUCAGGCAGCACGGGCUGAAAGAGGAGGGCGCUACGAGCAAAAUACUUUACACAGAGUCCGGAUGGAGACGCACACGACUGAAAAGUGAGCGAGACGUUAGAUGAGACUGCAGUGUACCUACAGGAAGAGGAUGAACAAGUGUUUCCUGCUGCGCGUGAGUCUCCUGCUGUCUCUGCUGUGCGUCUGCGCUCACGUCUACGUGGAGCUCAAGGGCUUGUGUCUGACGGCGGCGGUUCGACUCCAGAAACAGACCCCGAAUCGCAGGCAUCAGAAGGCCGUUACCAGGACACCUUUGGCUGACGCCGCAUCCACGUGCUGCCGGCCGCUGAAACAUCACAGACGGAUUCGUAGAUGGAAGAUCGACCUUCAACCGUGGGCCGCAGAGACACACGACUUACAGGAGGAAGCCGAUCGAUUCCUCAGAUACAUCUCUACACCGCAGGUGUCCUGUGAGAGACCAGAGUCUGCGCCCGUGUUUGACAGAGAGGAUCAUGGGUCUUGGGUUCUGUGUUUGGACCGCCGGUUCAGUCUGGCCGAGCGUAUCGCGUCGAAACACUGCCGCGUUUAUUCUCUCAGGUUAGGAGUGGAGGAUGAUGGUCUGGAGCGGCUGUUAGCCGGCUCAGGCUGUGAGGUUCACUGCUUCGACCCCAGCAUCAGAGGAGCUCACCUGCAGGACGCACACAUGUGGCUCCACCGGCUCUCCGUCGACUGGAGGGACCCCAACCCCGCCGUCCCGGCCCAGAGACUCCACAGCGGCACCAAGAAACUCGCCGCCAUCCUCAACGACUUCGGCCACAGACAGGUGGAUGUCCUGAAGGUGGACCUGGAAAGCGCCGAGUGGAAGAUUCUGGAGAACCUGAUUCUGGAGCAGGUGCUGGACUCCAUCGGCCUGCUGCUGCUGGAGCUGCACCUGCACUGGGCGGGGUUUGAGGUGGGCGGAGACGAGCCCUCGGUGGUCCGCUAUUGGUUCAGCCUGCUCAGGGAGUUAGAGCGCGCUCACUUCCGCCUCUAUCACAGCUACAGCGACCCGACCAAACCACGCCUGUUCCUGCACAGAAACCUGCGGAACACCAGCAGCUCCUUCGUCCUGGGAUGGGUGAACACUCAGUUUGUGCCGCAAGGAUGAUCAGGAACAGAAACACUUAUGUCCUGGGUUGAUUAGUGCGACAUUCUCAACAGUGUGCGAUUAUGGGAGACACGAUUAAAGAUGUAAAACUCCCAGUAAACUCUGUCAAUCAUGACUUAGGUCAUAGCAAAUGUGCAUAUUGCACAUGAUGUCACAUAGUUUGCUUUGAAUUUUACUCAAGAUACCAUCUCUUCUGACAACAAACAAUCAUAACAAUAGGGGAAAAGCAAACAAACAAACAAAAGUUAUAAUUUAAUGGGACUCAACUGAAGAAAAAGAGAAAAACACAAAGUGAAAUCAUCAAGAGAUCAUGAACCGACAUGAAUCAGUACUAUGGUAACACUUUACUCAUAUUGCGACAUGGUACCAUGGUAAUACUACUGUUUUAAGGGCAUGUACCAUGUAAUAUUGCAGUAUAUGAACAUGGUUAUAGUACAUAUCAAAGUAUCAUGGUAGCACAAAAUAUAUAAUUAUAUAAUAUAUAUUAAAAUUACAUAAAUUGUAAUUAAAUUUAUUUAAUUGUAUUUAAAAUCAGAUCAGCAGUGUGUAUGUGUGUAAAUAUAUAUAUUUAGUCAAACCAAAA